AGAAGAAUAGGGAGAGUCGUGUCAAAGUUGUCACCAUUUUUGUGCUCCCCGGAAAAUCGCGUUUUUAUCGAGUUAUCCCCAAAAAUCUGUGUGAAAAUGUAUGGAAAAAGUGAUAAGAAUGUGCGGUGCAUGCUGUGAUAUGGAGAAAAGGGCGUCACAUCGAGGAAAUCAGCGAGAAAAGUGACACGAAAAGUUCGCGUGGUGAUCAUCAAACUGUGCAGGGAGUAGAGGUGAUUUGUGGGAGAGACAGAUACAGGAAUGAUGGAGACUCCGUAUACAGUUCAGGCGGAGUAUUCCUUCAAGGGGUCCAACAAUGACGAGUUGUGCUUCAAGAAGGGGGACAUAAUAACGGUGACUCAGCGUGAGGAAGGGGGUUGGUGGGAGGGGACGCUGGGUGAUAAGACUGGAUGGUUCCCCAGUAAUUACGUGAAGGAGUACAAGACCCCAUUGCCUCCUGCGGAAACCAUCAGGCCACCCGAAGAGAUUCAGGCUAGUCGUUCCCUUGUCCUCAAUGAUCUGCUUGAGAGCGAAAAGGCUCAUGUGGCAGAAAUUCGGGGACUCUUGGAGAAUUUCCUGGAGCCUCUGUCAAACAGUCAAAUAUUAUCAUCAGACGAAUACGCUCAACUAAUGUGUAAUUUUGUAGAAAUAGUAGAAAUUCACGAGGAUCUUUUGUUAAACAUUGAAGACUGCAACGAUCGUGUUGGGAAAUUAUUUCUAUCGAAGGCAUCAGUGAUCAAGAAUAGUCAUCAGGCCUAUUGUGCGGCUCAUCCACGUGCCAUAGUUAUUUUGGAUAAAUACAAAGAUGAACUGGAGACUUUUAUGGAGCGUCAAGGAGCUGCUUCGCCAGGUCUUUUGGUACUAACAACGGGCCUAUCGAAGCCAUUUCGUCGCCUUGAGAAGUAUUCAGCCAUGUUGCAGGAGUUGGAGAGGCACAUGGAAUGUGGUCAUCCAGAUCGAGGGGACACUCAGCGAAGUGUGGCUGUUUACAAGGAUAUUGCCUCCACGUGCGCUGCCACGAGAAGGCAAAAGGAACUCGAACUGCAGGUAUUAACUGGUCCAGUUCGGGGUUGGCAGGGACAGGAAUUAAGCACUCUCGGGGACAUUAUUCAUAUGGGAAGUGUAGCUGUUGGACCAGAUCACAGAGAUCGGUAUUUCGUCCUCUUUCCCCAAACACUGCUCAUUUUGAGUGUCAGUCAGAGGAUGAGUGCAUUUAUUUACGAGGGAAAAUUACCCUUGACGAAUAUAACAGCGAAACGUCUCGAAGAUUCAGCAACAAUGAAGAAUGCCUUUGAAUUGAGUGCACCAUUGAUUGAGCGAAUUGUUGCAGUGUGUCAGGGACCAGCUGAAGCUAACAAAUGGGUAGAUCUUCUCUCGUCUUUUUCCACUUCCCUCCGUCGACCCGGUGUAGAUCUCAAGAGAACCAUCGGCAGUAAUUCAUCUGUAAAUGUUCCUCAUCCGCCUCCACAUAUGUCGCCGCCGCCGUCACUUGGAGGAAAUCAUCAAAGUCGCGUCACAACGCCCAUUCACAUGUCUCAACACAAACGCAGUCACUCCUUCAAUCACCAUCUCACGUUCAAUCAACUGCAGAAGCAACAGCAGGCACAGCCACAGCAUCCUCAUCCAGCGCCACCUCUUCCGCCCAGUCAUCAUCCCAUUCAGCCAAAGGACCUCAAUACCCAAGCACUAGUGGUGCAAAACGAAAAGAGCGUCAACCCAAAAGCUAAUUGGAGCAUCACAAACCUAUGUCCAGCCCCGCCAUCGAGAAUGUCUGUGCAGGGCGGAAUUGUUGCCCCCAGGAAAGAUCCACCAACAUAUGAGGAGGAUGCUCUCGUGUUGAGGGUGAUUGAGAGCUACUGUGCAGCAUAUCAGAGUACCUCGCGCAAUACAACACAUUCGGCACUUCAACCAUGGACACCGUGUCUUCCAAUACGUGGUGGCAAAUUGAAAUCAUCGAAACAUUUCUCAACGUCAAAUCCCCAGCUACCCUUCAUUUGUGGCUCCCCAUCAAAUAUGAUGAAUAACACUAAUUCAACCAAUAGUCUCAAUUCAUCGUAUAUUUGGCGCGAGGCAAGCCCAAAUAAUUUCAAUAUGUACUCAACAUCUGUGUCAUCGCUCAAUUCAUCUUAUCGCUAUUCCUUGGGUACAGCCGCAGCCACUACCACGGCCGGCGGUGGAGUGGCGCCUGGGGUGACAUAUGAAUGGCGAUCGGUAUCGGAGGAUAAAUCACCUAGGCACAAAACACCACCGAUCAAGUACAAAACACCGUCAAAUUAUGAUAAUUUGCAGAAUACACCAUUGCUGAGUAGGAAGGUUUGUCCUCUGCCACGGCAACCUUCCUUCAAGGGAGGUAGUUCCUCACCCCGAAAUACUCCUCAGCAAUCCUACAGAGACCAUCAACUUUUGUACGAUAGGCGUGUCAAUAGGUCCUUUGAUGCACCUGGAGUGGGUCCUGAGGCUAUGAAAUUGCCCAAAGGACAUCCACUGAGACGAUCAACUCCACAUCUCUCUGGAAUGGAAGGUGAUCCGGCACUUCCGGGCAGCAAUAGAGACUCCAUGAAUGCCACUUGGUGCUGUGGGAGUUUUGUGCUGAAACAAUGGCGAAAAUAUCAUCAAUAUGACUGAAAGUAGUGUCAUGGAAGUUCCAGCACGAUUCCUUUAUGAAACUUCCAUGAUGAUCAUUUUAUAUAAUGUCUUAUAAUUUAUUUUAUCAUUUGCUUUAUAGUUUCUGAAUGUCUGUGAGAAUAUUUCAUGGGACUUCUUUAUCUGACAUUUGGUUCUGUGAUUGAAAAAAUUACAUUUUUUACAAGGGUAGUAAUUGAGGUCCUAAAUAAGCCCCGCCCAGAAAUCUUUUAGUAACGCCCUCUUUAGGAGAUGUCAAUUUAAUUUGUUGUUUUUUUUAUUUGGUAUUUUCGAAAAAAUCGAAAAUUGAAGUAACUACGGAGCCCAUAAACCACCGAUUUUAAUUUCUUCAUUAGUAAGCGGGGCCUAUAAGUUAUUAAAAAAGGACAAAAUGAAGUUUUUCACAAGGAUUAUACACCAUUUUAAGAUACCACGCCCUUAUAAUAAAUUACUUACAACUUCAGAAAAGCAGUGUUUUGCUUUACUAGAUCAACUGAAAUUAAGAAAAGUAUGAUAAAAUCUCCCAUUUCUCCUUUACUAAGGGCGGAGCCUAAAACUCUACAUCACAAAAAAACACCCCGCCCAAAAAGAUGAAUCCUGAUUUCAAAUACUUCAAAGAAGACUUACUUUGUCUACCAGAUCAAGGGAAAUUGCUAAAAUUGAUUCACUUGUAGGCGGAGACUAAAAGGUCUGCUUUUAAAAAAUAACCCCGCCCCCUUUAGCCAUAUUUUAACAAAAUAAAGGUCAUCUGGAUGCAUUAAAUAGUUUCAAAGAGUAUAUAAUUGAGUUAGGGUAAAUGUCCUAAUUCAAAACCACUUCCAGACGCUUUAACUUUGACAGAAGAUUCAACACAUUAAGUUCAUAUUUUUUCUGAAGAGAAUUACAUAAAUUUUCUCCUUGACUCUUCUAGAAUGUUACUGUUUAGUGAAAAUUCUUUAGAUAUAAUUUGAAACACUUCUUAAACACAAGAAAAUACGUGAGUGUAAAAAACUUCUAUUGGAAACAUAUUAAUCCAAAUGGAGACAAGGGAAAGUUUCUAAUUGGAGACAAACAGUGUAGAGACAAACAGAGUUGCUCCUGAUUGCAGGAUUUGUUCUUAUUCCUGGUCUUUUCUCCUUUCCCAUCUAAAACAAUAAGAAAAUUUCUCCAGAAAAAAUCAUAUUUCCGGGUUUUCCUAUUGAAGCAUUUGCAGACACUUCAGAAAAUCCCUUUUUGUUCACGAAAUUGGUAAUUAUUUCAUUUGAAAACUUCACGUACCGUUAACAAUAAAGACUAGCACUUAAUUUAAGUAAAAUUAGCCAGAAAUAUGACAUAAAUGUUAAACAAUACGAAUAAACAACAAUCACCUUAUUGUGUUUUUCAUUGGAAAACAUGGCCAUUUAAUGAAAAAUUCCAUGGUGAAAAGGUACACUGUUAAUAUUUCUGAGAAAUUAACAAAUUAUAAUUAGUGAAUAUGAAUGGAUUUUCGCUUUAUUUGGAGCAAAAUUAACUAAAUAAUGAAACUGUGGUAUAGAAAAUAUAUAAAUAUAAUAAUUUAGUACUGUAUUUAUCGUGAAAAUAAUAGCCUUUCCAUUUGGAGUAUCGAAAAAUUUCCAUUUGGAGCAGGUAUUGAAUUAGCUUAAUUUACCCUACUGAAAUGUUAUUUCACUAACUCAAUUAUAUACUCUUUGCAACUAUUUAUGCAUCUAGAUGACAUUUCCAGUUGACCAGUUUUAUUCAAAACAAAAAAAAAAAGAAUCAGUGCUUUAUGCUUUUCAAAUUACUGAUGCCCUUACGUGACUAAUAUGUACAAUAAAUAAUAAUUAACAGGUAAUAAAGAUACGCUAUUCUAUUGAAUUCAGUAGAUGUAUCUUAUGAAACAAGGUAAAAGUGGAUUUUAGAUUUUUUGGUGGUAAAAAUAUUGUGGUUUGUGAAAAGGGCGUGGUCUAUUAGUUGGACACUGUAGGGGAGGGUGGGGCUAUUUCACCCCUUAAUUGCAAAAUGUAUUUUGGGAGCAUUUUGCAAAAAGCUGAUAAACAGAAGUAAAACUUUGUAUAUUCUGUGAAUUACAGUUGGGUUUAGGGUUAAUAAAAAUAAUAACAAUAAUCCUUUAAUUUCAUUAGUCUAUUGUGGAGAAAUUCAUUUCACUUGAAAGGCAGAAUGUGUGAAAGUCCCCCAUUGCGGGGCAAUUUCAAGUAUUAGGCAAUUUUUGAGAAAGAUAAAACGUGUUUAUAGAAAACUUGCGAUACCAGAAUUGAUUAAAAUUACUAUUUUGAAGUCUUUUAGGACUCUAAAACAUAAAAAUAUAAUCAAACAAGAACUUUAUAACAGAAUUUGAACACUAAUUGAUCAUACAGAGAAAAUAAAAUAUCGCUAAAGAUUUUCAAGCCUAUUUCUCAUUAAUUGAGCAAUUUUCUUUGAAUUUUUAUACGAAAGAAAUGUCUUUUCUAGUGCUAAGUUAAUUCUGUACAUUGUUGGGUCAUUAUAUCGCUUUAGAACAUGUCCUUUUUAGUAUAACAGUUUUAUAAUAGUAUUUUAAAGUCUUGAAUUUUUAUAUACUAAAAAAAAUUUACAAUAUCGUGCUGAAAACAUUCUGAAAAUAUAUUAAAACAAUUAAAUUCAUCAUUUUUAAGCACUUACAAAAGACUGAAAGAUUAUUUUUUUUACAUUUUUUAUGAACUUUUAGGAAAUACUACUUUCCAUAAUUUCGAACUUUAUCGACAAAAGAGCUACAAAACGUUUUCAAUGAUCAUUUAAGGUUAAUUUUGAUUAAAAAAAGUAAAUUGUUAGACACUGGAAACUUCUCCGUGUGCUUGCAUGAAACCGCCCCUCACGAACUUCCGGAACUCAAAUGAAAAUUGUCAGAACCGUCUUAGAUUUCAUUCAACGCUAAAUGCUUUAUAAUAAUAAAACCACUGGUAACUUAAUACAAUUAUGUUACUUCGAUAGAUAAGUGCAAUAGUUCAGAAAUUGCUGAAAAUAGGACAUUACAAAAAGUUUCAUUUUGAUGCAGUUUUAUAAAAUUAAUUACAGAAUUAAAACGCGAAGCGUCACGAAAUUAACCCUCUAAUGGUGUUUUCUUUAAUAUGCGAAAAAAAGUUCUAAAACAAUGUUUUCUAGGAUAAUUAUGAUCCAAUAAAGUCGAAAAAACCAUCCAUUCUUCAUUAUCUUUUUUAGUUUAGGCGCUAUGUGAGAAAAUCUAAAUUUUUUUGACACUCUUUUUGCUUCUAAAAUUUACAUUUUUAGUUUUUUCAAAUUUUUUAAAUAAAAUAUACAAAGUAGAAUGACAUAUCUUUCAGUAAAAAAUAAAUUUAUUUUAGUCAGAUAACUUUAAAUCGGUAUUUUUAUGGAAAUUGGAAAUGAGUUUUUUUUGCACAAAUAUUUUUUGUUGCUUUCUCUCUGACCUGUCACACAAAACUGGGAAUAGCAACAAAACGAAGAGUCAAAAUGAGUUCAAACUCUCAAGAGAUAUUUAUAAAACUAUUACCGAGGACACUACAGCACUUUUAAAUAAAUAAAACCUUUAUUGUCGCUGUAAAUGUGAUUUUUGUGAAGACCGCCUGGAGGCGGUAUUACCCGUUAGAGGGUUAAUUAUUUUUAUGAACAUGGGUCUCAGUUGUUUCUUCAAUAACAUAAAGGUUUUAUCCCAUUCAUUUCAAAGGGAUAAGAAGAAUAUGUAAAAAUUGAAACUGCCCCGUCGUUAAACUGCCCCACCCUCCCCUAUCACUCGGUUAUUGCUAAAACUUUGCAACUACACUGAGAGAAAUCCGAAAAAGUUAAAAUAACAUUCCUGAAAUGUUAAUUUUACCCUGCAGUAUUGAUCCAAAAUCGGUGUAAAUAUUACCCUUUUUAGGUGUAUUAUGGGUUAAAGUUACCCUUAUUUCAUGUUGAUUUUACCCUUAAAAGGUGUGAAAUUAACAUUAAAAAAUGUUGAUAUGUUUUUACACCUGAAAAGUGUUAAAGUUCUGACAAAAAAGUUAAUCGUAGCCCCUUUUUUCUCAGUGUAUGAACUUAAUUUUUCGCAUCGAAAUUUAAAUGUUUCGUGUAUCCCGAAGAGGGUGGUGUUAAUAUUAAUUUUUGGGCGGUGCUUAUACAAGAAUUCCAAUAUUACCUCAAUUAAGAAUCCAAAAAAAAUCAAAAUAACCAAUGUCAUAUAAAGUUGUGCCCAUUUCUCGCCUCUGUUUGAGCUAAUGGCACUUGAGAUGGCUCGAGAGAAUGUAAUUUCCCUCCAAUGGCGAUCAAAUGAUCGCAAUCGUAAAGGAGGAUCGCAGAAGAUCGUGCAUUUUACAGGGUUCUGCCAAUGAAAUAAAAAGUUGGUGGCAAAAAUGCAGAAUUUAAAAAGUUGGUCUAAAAACGUUUUAUUCGUGAAAAAAAAUAACCAUUCAAUGGAUCAAAUGUUGACAAUAUAUUGACUUUAUAUACUUGAAGAUAAAAAAAAAAGUUCAAUGAAUUUCGAUAAAUUGUGGGAGAAAAAGGUUGCAGAGAUGAUGAUUUAAGAGAAAAAAAAAAUCCGUGUCGUGAUUUUGUUGACGAAUCGAAAGGGUUCCUUUCUUCGCAGAGAGAAUGUUUAAAUUGUGUAGAAUUUUUCAUCUAUUUACUCCAAUUUAUAUUAUAUAUUGUAUAUGUAUAUGACGGAAAAAAAGUAUUUAGAAUUUAGAGGUAUUUGAGCAGCACAAGUGAGGUGGAAGAGAUCAGAAACACUUUCGUGCCAAUAUUUGGGAGAAGAGAGGGAGAAUAUUUGAGAGAUUUGUGUAUAAAUUCUUAUGUAGUGUUAAGUGUAGUACAGAUGUGAAGGCUAAAAUGUAAAAGAUCAGAAAUUUCUUGAGCUUCAAUUAAAUCAAAUGUUUCACCGUAACAAAUUUCGUUAUGAAAAUUUUUGGGGAAAAAUCCAAAUCAAAAGAUAUUUUAGUCAUAAAUCAAAGCACAGUAACUCCGAAUAUGGGAGACCGGGGCAAAAUUAGUCAGGGUUAGAAUUUAACAGUGUAUUAUUAUAGUUUUUUUUUUUAGAAAGAAUAUUGAGCAAACUUCUACUUAUUAAGAGUACUUAACUCCCACUCUGUUCAUCAAAAUAUUUAAAAUUUCAUUUGCUGGGUAAUUUUGCCCGGUCCCGUCUAUCUUUCGGAAUUUCGAAAAUUUUUCGAAAUACAUUUAACUGACAAAUUUCCUUCCUUUCAAUCUUAAAUAGGGUGAAGUCAUCACUUGUGAACGUUAUACAUUUGUGAACAGCUUGCAGAAAACUUAAUUUUACUCGAAUUCUAAAAUAAAUUUCGAAAUAUCAAAAAAUGACAUUUUCUGAUGUGAUUAACAAUGUUAUGAUUUUUCGAAAUCUGUUUUAGGUAAAAAUUGAAGAUUACUGCCAGUUGUCCAUAAGUAUUUCAGUUUCGGAGAAAAAAAUAUUCAAAGAAACAGCGCUAUUUGAAUCCAUAUUCGAAAUUUGAGAAGCUUUUUCGAUAUUUCACACAAUCUUAAAAAAUUAAGAAUGAUAGACCUUAUUUAGAAACUAUUUUUCAAUUUAUUUAAUUCCUUUUGAAAUGUUCCUAAUGUUCCUUUCGAAAUUAAAAGAACAGUCAGAUACAUCUAAUCCCAGAUAAACGGUAAAAAUGACUUCGAAAAAAGAUCUCAGAAGUUCGAAACUUAUAAAACUAACUUAUUCGAAAUCGAAAACUUCUCUGAAGUCUCUUACGUGGUUUUAUUUUCAGUUCCGGUUCAGUUCAGUUUAGGUUUAGUUCCGUAAAUCAAAUAUUCAUAAUUCGAUAUUGAAUUUUUUUCAGUAUUUUUCUUAGAGUAAAAUCGAUAUUCGAAAUAAAAUCGAAAAUUGAAUUCAAGGCAUGGGAUUGAUAACCCCACCAAUGUAUAAGAACAAAAAAAAACAUAAUAAUAAUGCUUGUUUAGAAAUUCUGCAUCCGGGAAGGCCUAGGUUCCUAUACGGAAUAUUGUGUCAGCAAAGAUUGAAAUGUUAAAAAAUAAAUUUAGGAAUAUUUUCGACAUUACAAAAUCAUUAAAAUAAAUCACAAUAUCUUUUUAAUUUUAUAAAAAGAAGGAAUAAUUCAAUUUUAACCUGAUAAAGUACACUUUUUGCUUUUCGAAUUUAGGUUUGAAUUUAUUUUCGAAAAAUGAUCGGUUCAUUGUACUUAUUUCGAAAUUCAAAACAAUGUGAGAUCCUUUUUGACACUUUUUAGGAAUUCAAAUAAUUGAACAUACCGUAGAUGCGAGUGACUUUCCAAUCCCAGGGUGGCUUUGCACAUUUGUUUUUCGGUAGCUUUGCGUUAAUUGUAAGACGUAGGGAUGGUCUAAAAAUCAUCCUUAAGUGUGUUACAAUUUAAGUAAAAUUUACGAAAACCAGGGGUGCAAUAUCACUCGCAUCUACUGUAUUUUCAUAAUUUUUCUUAUUAAAAAAUAACUAAUAAGGUGGAAUCACCACUUCUCGCCAGUGAGUGCCCCACUUUUCGCCACUUAUAUUGAAAUCGCAAUUUUUCGCGAUUUGUGAAAUAAAUGAGCCGCAAAGAUCUUUGUAUUUUUACUGCUGCUAUGUAUAGUGUCGAAAAAAAAUAAUUAUUCUUUUUGGAUUUACGAUUUUGAGGAUUUUUUAGAGUAAUAUUUUAAGCAAGUGCAUCAAAUACAUUAUUUCUUACCAAAUAUACUAAAUGUUAUUAAAUUUUCAUCAAGCAAAAAAUACCUUUUUGGAUAAAUAAUCUGUCUAUUGAAUAUUUAAUUACACUUAUGGAAUACAUAAAAUUUGUGUUUAGUUAAUUAAUAUUUAAUUUUACAUUAUUUUUAUAUAAAAAUCAGGCAUGACGAAAAGUGGUUAUCUUCUGCAAUUAAUUUUACCACCUGUCGCCAUUUCUUUUUAAUAGGCGACGCUAACUUCAUUUUGUAGGUUCUUAGUUGUCAAAUUUGCAUAGUUUACUUUCUGCAAUAGACCUAUAAUUUGAUUUUUCAAAUAAAAGUGAAUAAAAAUCGUUUAAAGUGAGUAAUAAUAGGGUAAUCACGAGGAAAAAGAAAUGCUGAAUGUAUUCUUUUUAUAACAUUGCCUAAAAUAAUCGAGUUUGGACCUUUCCAAGUGGGUGGCGAGAAGUGGUUACAAAACUGGCGAAAAGUGGUGAAAAGUGGCGACAAAGUGGUUAUUUUUGCAUUGUUAAUAAAAAUCAGUUUUUUAAGUAGUCCAGCGUUAAAUUCUAGGACUAUCGUUUUCACGAAUCUAGAGCCAAUACAUCUAAGUGGUUUUGCGUCUAAUUUGAGUUAUCUUGUAAUAAAUGUUCAAAAGUUAUAAUAAAAUUAAUUCCUCUUUUUCCUAAACAUGGCGAUAAGUGGUUACUACCACCCUAUCAAAAUUCUGUUCUACAACAUUUUGCCUACGCAUCUGUAUAUUGUCUUUUUAACUUUACGAUUUUAGUGAUGAAGAGGAGAAGAGAGUGGCAAUCACUUGUACAUCCUCAAUAUAAAACUAAUCUAGUCCGUUACAAUGUUGAGAUUUAUACCAUAUUAUAUACAACAAUUUGUCCUAUUUAUUACUUAUUAUUCAUAUUAAUUGUACAAUAUAUUAUUAUUAUUAUUAAAAAAAAAUUGAAACAAAAUUAGUUAAGGACGAUCGUGAGCGUACUAAAUAUAUCUUAGUAAUUACAUUAAAAUUUUUUUAGUGAGAUAGAGAAAAGAAAUCUCAAGAGCAAUUUGUGGGAAAACAAGAAAAAAAUACAUCAAAAAAGAAAACUUAUAUAUAAUUUCCCUUUUAAGAAAAUCACAAUGGCACUAAAAGAGAAGGAUCUGUUUGUAAGAAUCUUGUAAUAUUUAAUCGUCGAUGUAAUGGUAUUCAAUUUGGCAUGGUGACUACACGGCUUUCCAUCCAAAAUGUUUCUUUGUCCUAUGGAAGGAAGAUAAAUCUAAAAGACUUCUUUCCUGAAGCACCCAAAAAAAACAAAUAUAAAAUGCAUUCUAUACAGAGGAAAACCCCGUAGAUUUUUUGCAAAACUAAAAAUAGAAAAAAGUGAAAUUUAAGAAAGAAAUCAAGUUCAAUUAAUCAAAAUUAAAAAAAUUUGCAGACAAAAAUCAAUAGAGAUGGAAGAUUAAAAAAAAAGAAUCAGUAAAUUGUAUACCUUACGGUGCUAAGAACAUUUUGUUGUAAAGAAGAAAAGAGGAGAAAAAAAAACACCUGUGUAUAUUUUGUCUAAUACAUGUUUCAUACUCGAAAUUUAAUACUAUUAAUGAUGAAAGAAAA